UGGUUUAAUCCUUUCUUUCUUAAUAAAGAAAGUAAAUAGAUAUUUUAAUAAUCCACUCGGAAUAUUAUAUAGCCCCACAGAAGCCCCCUCUAAAUUUGAAACACAAUUCUCUUAGAGCAUCACAUCUCUCGUCUUUCCACCAUCUCCGCUGCAAAGGACACAUUCCUAGCGACGUAAAUGGCAACCGCGGAGGAGUUCCACCGUGCUCAGCUGGCUGAGGGUCUGGCCACCGUGUUGGCGAUUGGCACUGCCGUGCCUUUAAAUUGCAUCGAGCAAAGCACGUUUCCAGAUUACUACUUUCGCGUCACAAACAGUGAACAUAUGAUCAAUGUUAAACGAAAAUUUAGGCACAUGUGUGAGAAUUCCACAAUAAAGAAACGAUACACACACCUAACCGAGGAGCUCGUGAAUCAAAACCCUAACAUGGGUGCGUACCUGGCGCCCUCGCUGAACACACGACAAGACAUGGUGGCGGAGGAGGUGCCAAAGCUGGGCAAAGAGGCAGCGGAGGCAGCCAUCAAGGAGUGGGGGCAGCCCAAAUCGAAGAUCACCCACCUCAUCUUCUCUACCAACAGCAGCGUCCACAUGCCUGGCGCCGACUUUCACCUCACCACCCUCCUCGGCCUCCGCCCCUCCGUCAAGCGCUCCAUGAUGUACCUCCAGGGCUGCCACGCUGCUGCGGCUGCCCUCCGUGCGGCCAAGGACUUGGCCGAGAACAACGCUACUGCAAGGGUCCUGAUCGUCAACUCCGAGACCACCACCCUUGGCUUCCGUGGCCCGAGCGGGGCCCACCCCGAGAACCUCUUGGGGCAAGCCCUGUUCGGGGACGCAGCUGCGGCCAUGAUUGUAGGUUCAGACCCGGUGGCCGGGUUGGAGCUGCCGCUCUUCCAGAUCGUCUCCGCAGCGCAGACGAUCAUCCCUGGCAGCGCCGGGGCGAUCGUGGGGCAGGUGAGGGAGGCCGGGCUGGUCGUCCAUCUCCGGGCCGAUGUCCCGGGCUUGAUUGCGAGGAACAUCGAGGCGUGUUUGGAAGAGGCUUUCCGGCCGUUUGGGAUCAGGGAUUGGGAUUCGAUAUUCUGGAUUGUGCAUCCCGGUGGGCCCGCAAUUCUGGACCAGAUAGAGGCGAGCUUGGGGCUGAAGCCGGAGAAGUUGCGGGUGUCGCGGCGCGUGUUGAGGGAAUACGGGAAUGUGUCGAGCGCGAGUGUUGUAUUUAUUAUGGAUGAGAUGAGGAGGUCCUCGGCCGAGGAGGGGCUAAGCACUACUGGUGAGGGGCUGGAUUGGGGUGUGCUCUUUGGGUUCGGCCCGGGCCACACCGUCGAGACGGUCGUACUGCGCAGCAUGCCAUGAUAUCAUAUUCCCUGGUUAUAAACUUCUGUUUAUGUUCAUUAAUAUAUGUUCCAUUUUAACUUAUCACAUAAAUGAAAGUGGGUAAUAUAGAUCAUAUUAUUAUCCAUUAAUUUAAUACUAUGAUACAUUUACUGACGAAUAAAAAACUGUAUAGAUAGAAAUUUUUUAA